AUGACCACUGAGGACUACAAGAAGCUAGCUCCCUAUAACGUCAAGCAAAAAUCGGUGGACUCGGAUGAGGAGGAUGUGCCUUUUACUCCAGCUGAGCACAAAAAGAGGACAGAGGCGGCCAACAGCGUCCUGAGGCGCACCGCCAGCAGGGAACGUGCUUACGUCCUCUCGGCGGCCAAGAAGAGCAACGGCAGCCCAACGCAAGAAUUUCCACCCUUGUUCGCCAAGAGAAUUGAGAUAGAAGAAGAGGAAGGCCAGCAGAGGAGGAGUCCAACUGUGUCUGGCUCAUGCAGGUUUACACUAGAUGACAACAGUGCUAAUGGGCUAAGAAAAACCACCACUGGGUCUUCCUGGAAUGAGCCAAGGACAACAGCCGUGUCUCCCUCCAGCCCUAAACCAGGCAGCAAGAGCCAACCAACCACGUCCUGGGGUGCAACCCCAGAGAGAAUCUCCUCUUCUGCUGAAAUCAGAAACGGUGAAAACAGACCGGCCCUUAAUGGGAAACCCUCAUCUGAAACUGUGUCACAGCGUGGGGAGGGUGACAGAGCUCCGGAGGAGAAGUCUGAGCCGUUCCCAGGGGAUGAACCGGCCCCCAGAGCAACCGUGGUUUCCACGAAUGGAAGUUAUCCUGAACACACAGAAGCCAGCAAUGGGUUUUACCCACCAAAGUAAUCCCACUCUGGUUGCAGGGAUGGACCUGCAGCUGCUGCAGACGAGCCGCCCCGUCGGUACGAGACCUCUCGCUACCUGGAGGAUGCAAAGGCUGAACCUGCAAGGUCAGGGCCUGGUGCUGGUGCUCCCAGUGCCGCUCGCAGAGCGCAGAUCUUGCAGGCUGGUGUCCCUUCUCCUCCUACUGAGAGCGCCCUUGUGCACCUACAGGACACAGAAUAUCCCUUUGAAGGGUCUGUCCUGGGCUACGAGGAGAGCAGCAGCACCCAAGAGAACAGAUACACGAGUCCCGAGGGCCCAGCAUGCAGCAAGCCUUACUGGAACGAAGCGACGGCUUCCCAAGAUUUCAAAGAGGGGAACACCCCUAGAGAAGGGGGGCACGAGAGCACGCAGGCCUCAGCUGGCUACAAACCAGAGCUGAUCCCAGACGGGUUUUCAGACUCAAACCACCAGAGUGAGAAGGGGCAAGACCCUCCUGACCAUGACGUCCACCCAGAGCCUCCCCGGUCGAAGGAACACACUGAACAUGAACCCAGCAUGACUAGGUCCAUGCCAUGCUCCAAGGACAGCACUAGCGGGAGCACGGACGUUAACAAGGGGAUAUUGCCCUGUGUGCAGGGUGAAGAAGUCACUUCAAGAAGGUCCAGCUCUCUGCCUAGAGAAAGCAGCGGCGCUGCUCCAGAGACCCACUGGGCACAGGAGCCUGACCCAUGCCGGGAAAGGAUCACUCCAGCUUAUGAAGAACAAACCCGUCCCACCACAGAGAGGCACCACGAGAGCCCAGGAGACUGGAGACACCAGGAGCCGAACCCCAUGGCAGCCAGGGCUCACUUCAGCUCACAAGAGAGCGCCCAGGAGACCCAGCAUCCCAUGCCACUGUACGUGGACCGCCAGCCUUUUAACGCCAGCGUGCCAGCCCCCAGCCACAGGAUACCAUCCUAUGUGGACAGCCAGGUGUUCAGCACCAGAAGGCCUACCCCGGAUUACGAAGGGAGAGUUUAUGAGGGGAGAGGCAGCCCUAGGAGCAGCAGAUAUGACAGUCCCAGUGCCAGGGGGCACUGUGAAUUUAGCCCCACAGCUGGACGCCACGACUCCCUCCCCAGGGAUACCACCCUGUCCGUUCCCCAGAGAAGCCACAGGGUGCCGUUCUACAUGGACAGCUUGAACUAUAACAGCACCAGGCUUCUCUCGAGUUCGAGCGAGAGGAUCUGCAGCCCGGUGCCCACCUUGCCGCCCCACAGCCCAGUGGCCUCUGGCUACCAGCCCGAUUCCAGCGCUGCCGGAAAAGGGGUCCUCUUCGUGAAGGAGUACGUGAACAGCAGCGAGCUGUCGGCCUCCCCGCGCUACGGCAGCGGCAGCCUUGUGGAUUUGACCGAUGUGGAGCGAGCAGCCUACAGCCACCACAGCUACCUGCCCAGCGCUCCCCUGCAGAGGUCCAGUGAGCCUGUUUGCAGUUACUGCAGCCGUGAGAUCCGAGACUGCCCUAAGAUCAUCGUAGAGCACCUUAACAUCUGCUGCCACGAGUACUGUUUCAGGUGUGGAAUUUGCCACAAAGCGAUGGGAGACUUUCUGGAUAAAAUAUUCAUCCACCGGGACAUUGUCCACUGUGACAAGUGCUACGAGAAACUCUUCUAG